AUGUCCUUUACCAUUACGGUUCGCCAAGGGCCCGCGCGCCUGGCGACAAAGCUCCCAGAGCUGACGAAGUCCGCUUUCCGAAGCAGCGCCCCCAUUCGCGCAUUCCACCAAACAUCUACAAAGCAGUCGUCGUCCUUCUUCACCUCGAGGACGGCCACCACAUCGUCCAUUCUCCGAUCCACCAAGCGCAAUGUCUUCCAGCAGGCCCGAUCCUACCAGUACCAGGCUGGCGCCGCCCCGGCUGAUGCGAGCUCCCUCAGUCGUCGCUUGCUCACGGGUGGUGCCAUCUUUGGUGGUACCCUAAUUGCCAUGAACAUCAUGUUCAACCGCGAGACUCGCGAAGAUGGUGGCAUGCCUGCUUUCGAGAGGUCGUACUUGAACCAGACUUUCAUGCACACUGGUCUCGGAAUUGGUAUUAUUGGUUUGACUGCGCGCCAAAUGGUCCAGUCUGGUUUCGUGUACAGAAUGAUGGUCACCAACCCUUGGGUCGUGGCCAUUGGUGGUCUUGCUCUCAGCUUUGGUACCAUGAUUGGAACCCGCAUGAUUGAGCCUGACAACUACAUUCCCAAGUACGCUCUCUGGACUGCCUUCAACGCCACCCAGGCUGCCUUUAUCGCUCCUCUGAUUGCAUUCGCCCCCGGUGCCCUGAUCGCUCGUGCUGGUCUCUACACUGUUGCCAUGAUGGGUUCCAUCUCCUUUGUUGGUGCCACUGCCAAGCAGGAGAAGUACCUCUACAUUGGUGGACCUCUGUUGGCCGGUGCCGCCAUUGUCGCCGUCUCUGGUCUCGCUCCUCUUGUCAUUCCCGCUACUGCUGUCCGUACCCUCGCCUUUACCGAGAACAUCUGGCUGUACGGUGGUCUCGCCGUCUUUGGUGGUUUCACCCUGUACGAUGUCCAGAAGGUGCUCCACCACGCCCGCCUGGCAGAGCGCGGCAUCAUCAAGCAGGACCCUGUCAACGAGAGCAUCUCGCUCGAAUUGGACUUCCUCAACAUAUUCAUCAGAAUGGUCCAGAUUCUGAUGAUGCAGCAAAACCGACGCAAGUAG